UUAAUUUUCGAAUAUCGCAGAUUUAUCCUUACCAAAUACAAUCGUUACUACUAACCAUCCAAUUACGCAACUGCGUCUUAAUCACUUAUAUCGUAUUAUUGCACUCAGUACUUUGAUUUUUGUUUGACGCGCUUCAUAUAACGAAGAUAAAGUAUUUCAAUCAUAUCGUCUCGCCAUUUUCAUUGCAACGCGGAUGUGACCUACUUAGAAGAUUUACACUUGGUUACGUCGACAGUUGGACAUUAUACAUUGCUCGAUUUCACAACGAUUUGUGACUUGAGUUUCUCUAGCCGUUUGAAGAAUGUCGUAUGAGAACGACCCAGGUGUUUCAGACACACAGACAGUUUGUGUGAAGAGCGAAGAAAUAACCAUCAACAAACAGGUUGCCAUUAGCAAAGAAAACGUUACACAGACAUUCUUCAGUGACAACGGAGGAGACAGCAUAGAUAGACAGGAGUUCGUAUGUAAAAAUGAAGGAACUUCUACAGACCCACUAAUGGACCAUGGAAUAAGAGAAGAAAACGCCAUAGAAACGCAGGUUCUCAUUGGUAAAAAUGACGAAAAUGCCGUAUGCUCACUCACGUGCUUAACUAAGGAAGUUGGAAAUGCGACAGACAUACAAGAGGUAGUACAGGUGAGUGAAGGUGAUGAGACAUGUCAUAAGACGAUGAUUGUCAGUAAUUCGAGGCAUGCAAUAGAAACUCAGACGGCCAUUGAUGCGAACGUACACACUAUCCAGCAUAAACGGGUGGUGAUAGGCGAAAUGGAGAAAAAUGUAAUAAACACACAACCAACAAUCUGCGAUAAUGAAAACAAGAUGAUACACACACAUUCAGACUUUGUCAACAACGAAACGGAAAAGGCGACAGUGAAAAUGAAAUCCAGUACCCAUUUCGACGACGAUAUUCACCCUACAGGUCACACUGAAAUUCACAGUGGUAUUAUCAGAAGCAUAAAUUCUCAAAUUCAGACAGAUACAACCUGUAUGUUAGAAAAUAAAUCCCGCCCGAAACCAACAUCAGAAAGACCAUCCUCAGAUUUCAUUGAAACUUCUCCGAAAAUGUGUCAGCCUUGUGGCUGUGAUGAAAUUAAUGAAGAAGCGGUUGGAUUUUGCGUCGUCUGUGCUGAAUAUUUGUGUAGGGGUUGUAUAAGGGAUCAUAAAAGAAACAAAAUUACAAGGGGACAUACGAUGUUGCAAGACCAACAAAUGCCAGUGGAUACAAAAGCGUUCGUUGCCUUGAGAGAACUUAUGCAAUGCAAAUUGCACCCAGAGCAGGAUGUGGCAUACAGAUGUUCAGAGCAUUCGAAGUACAUUUGCAUUUUAUGUCUUGCUCAGCUUCAUCGGAAAUGUGAUGGAAUCAAUGAACUUGAGAGUAAUGAUAUAUCCCCGGAAGUUGAAUCUAUGUUCGCUUGUCUUGAUAACAUGGCAAAACGAUUGGAUAUGUUCAAAUGUAAACAAGCGACUCGUAUCAAACUAUUGAAAGAGGAACAAAACGAGGUUUUGCAAGAAGUGCAAAAACUGGCCGACAAUUGGCUUCUGCAUAUUGAAAAAUUAAAACUACAACUGAAACAGCAGGCAUCAAAUUUAACUGCAGACGAAUGUUCGCGUAUAGAGCAAUUGAUAGCUGAAUCGACAGCAACAGCAUCCGAGUUAGAGUCGACAAAGGAGCUUGCGCAGACGGUUCGUCAGUAUGGAAAUAAACCAGAAACAGUUGUUGUUUCUAGUCAUUUGAAAGAUGUUCUCUCAUUGAUUCAGAAGAAAUUAACAUUGUUUGAAACUGAAGUAGAUAAACAUAUGAGUUUAUUGAAGAAGGUAGACACGAGUUCUUUGAUUCAUCUAGCUGAUGUUCUACUCGCUGCUAACGCAAACGAAAAUGUGAAUUCAACGAGCGAUGAAAUACGCGAAGUAAUAUCAAAAGAGUGUAUGUCCCACUGCCACAAGGAAACAUAUGUCGACAUGAGAAUGGAAGCACAGCUAUUUAACAACCGUCCUUACACUGAACGUACAACAGGUUCAUCGAAAUGUGUGUACAAAAUAAAAACUGAUACCGAUUUAAAUUCCUGUUCGAUAUCUGCUAUUGUGUGUAUGCCGAACGGAUGCAUUAUUUUUGCAGACGCAUCCAAUAAUAAGUUGAAAGUCUGGGGAUAUAACAAUGAAGUUGUUCACGAGUAUUGUCUCCCUGGCAGCCCCAUCGACAUGUGUAUUUCUGAAUGCAGUAUUUAUGUUUGUUUUUCGGAUAUCAAACGAGUGUCACAAUUUUGUUUUUCAUCAAUUCGAUCGAUCUAUAAGGAUCGGGAGUUCCCAACAUUUUAUUGGCCCAUAAGCUUAUCGCCCAUUGAUAAUCGCCUUUUUGUUCUGUUCACAAAAAGUAGCAAGGGAUACAAAUCGACGUCGGCUGAUGUUCACUUAGAAAUUCGACGUUUAAGUUCUAUUGAUGCAACCCUUACCUAUAAUUCAGACAAUCAAAGCACUUUAGAUACCGCAAAACAUGUCAUAUUAACGUCGGAUUCAAAAGCAAUUUUCGGAGGAGACGAUAGUGUCACGUGUUAUAAAAUUGACGAAACUAAAGAAUGCUUGGCGGAACGUGCAUGGUUUUAUAAAUGCUAUAAAACUAAUUUUUUGAAAAAAGUCAGUGGAAUGGCAGUGGAUGAUGAAGACAACGUGUAUGUUUGUGGAGAGGAGUCCAAUAAUGUCCACCAGGUUUCUUCCAAAAACUAUCGCAUGAACCGAGUGAUUAUAAACGAUAUCUCUAGGCCUUUGGCUGUGUGUGUGGACACCAAACGAGCCAAUUUAAUUAUCGGAUGUCGCAAUAAAAACUUUGUAUAUGUGUACUCUUUUCUGUAACGAUCACAAAGAGAAAUUAAUGGGUGCUUUCAACAACUUGUACAGUAUUAUAAAAAAAUACAAAAUACAAAUAAAUGUUUAGAAAUGUUCAUAAAAAUUAACUAGAAUAAAGAUGAAGUCAAUUAAAGUAAACACUGAUAAAAAUAUGCGAACAACACCGAAAAGUAUAGAGGACAAGGACCGUCACUCCUCGAUGUCGGUGAGAAACAGAUCGUCACACUUGUAAAUGCGCAUCUUGAAGUUCAGUCAAAUAAUGUUGAAAUAACCCACAAGCUAGGGAAAUUUAAAAAACAAUCGGUCGGUAAUAGUGGAUUUUGUUAGACGACAAAACUAUGAUUGACUUUUUAUGCAUUAGUUGGUUCUGACGUUUGGGCGCUUGAAGCAUACAAACAUAGCGACCGACAUGCUGCGAAAAAACACAUUCAAAAACUGGUUAGAAAAAGCCGUGGCGGACAAAGUGUGAAGAGAAACCUUGAUAUGUAACAAAAUGGUGAUGGUAUUAAACAGUGACCCAUUAAAACAAUGUGUGUGCAGGUCCAUGUUACGAUUUUAGUCCCAUGCUGUCUUUCUGUCUUUGAAGUUAUUUCUUAAUGUAUUGUUGUCUAAAAUAAAAUGUAUUUCCGCACAAAUAAUAUAAAUAGAACUACAGAGAAAAACAGUAUGUGUCAUAGGUAAAUAAAACACUGUCGCUUUUUGUCAAGACUUAUACAUUAUCAGGCUACGCACAUGAAUUGGAUAUGUUCUUUUAACAUGGUUACGUUUCUUGUUAACAAACAUGAUUCAUAAUGUAAACACGGCUUCAUGUGUUAUGUAAAUUUAAACACCUCUUUUUGGCGGAGUAGUUUUUCCGGGCAGAGGUUCGAUUAAAUACGAUGUUAUUUGUCAUAUUUCACCUUCGUAAUGGUCGCUCUGGUAAUUAUAUGGGCUCAAUAGAAAUAAAACAAAUUCAUCAUUUACUUUCCUCAAUUCAUCAUGUGAAAGCCGUCAAACACAAAUAAUUGUUCUUUAGUAAAGAUAGUAUUCAUCAUACCAAAUGUGUGCAUGAUAUGAUAAACCAAAGUAUCGUUUGCUUCUUUAAGUGUAUAAUGAGAACAAUGAGUUAAGUGUGUUAAAUAUGUAAAGUGCUUAAAUAACAUCCAUAAUAUAAUUCCAGUCCAUUAUAUUGAAAGAUAUUGUUAGAAAAAAAGAAUAACUUUAAUACUGUAAAUAUUAUAUUUCUGAUUGUAUGAAUAUCCUCUUGUUUAUAAAAUGCUUAGUGUUCUUGAAAACAAUUUACUAUCCUGUAUACAUAGUAUCUCAUUGUGCCAUAUUAUAACCAUUAUGUUUAUGUGUACGCAUUUGUUUUUAUACCCCCAUUACCAUUUGUAAUGGGGGCUAUAUUGGAGUCACUUUGUCGGUUGGUCGGUCCGUCGGUCGGUCGGUCGGUCUGUAUGUCGGUCUGUCCCGAAAUUUCAUCCGAUCUUCACCAAACCUGGUCAGAGGUUGUAUGUAGAUGAUGUUUAGGUCAAGUUUGAAUAUGGGUCAUGCCCGGUCAAAAACUAGGUCAUGGGGUCACUUAGUGUGUUUUAAACUAAAAGUUUGUCCGGACCAUAACUAUGUCAUUUUUCGUUAGAUUUUACAAUGACUUGGUACAUUUGUUCACGAUCAUGGGACGGUGUGUGGUGCGAAAAAAGUAUGUCGAUAUCUCAAAGGUCAAUUUCACACUCUGAGUUCGAAGGUCAAAUGCUUGUCCGGGCCAUAACUUUGUAAUUUAUUGAGAUAUUUUAACAUAAUUUGGCAAAUUUGUUCACCAUCAUUUGAAGGUGUGUCGCGCGAAAGAAUUACGUCGAUAUCUCCAAGGUCAAGGUCACACUUUGAGUUCAAAGGUCAAAAAUGGCCAUAAAUGAGCUUGUUGUGUUUGUUGUCUGAAAUUGCAAUAUUCACAGAUGUUUACAAUCAGAUUUUUAUGUAAGCAAUUCGAAAUUAGGUUAAUAAACUCUACAACGAUCAUAAAUGAGCUUGUCCGGGCCAUACCUAUGUCAUUCUUUGUAAGAUUUUAAAACCAUUUGGCACAUUUGUUCACCAUCAUUGGACGGUGUGUUGCGCGAAAGAAUAACGUCAAUAUCUCCAAGGUCAAGGUCACACUAAAAGUUCAAAGGUCAAAAAUGGCCAUAAAUGAGCUUGUUGUGUUUGUUGUCUGAAAUUGCAAUAUUCACAGAUGUUUACAAUCUGAUUUUUAUGUAAGCAAUUCGAAAUUAGGUUAAUAAAUUCUACAAUGAGUGUAAUACGACA